UUUAGAAUGGGAAGAAAAUAGCAUAAUCACCGACAUGUGACUUCCUGGAGAUUGUAAACAAUUUCGACCGUCUGGUUUACAGAGCUUGUUGUUAAAACGUAGAGAGAAGGAUAUGGGACCAUACGCAAGUGUGUUCAUCACCCCAGCUAAUAAGGCUUGUUCAAGGAAUACCAAUCCCAAGAAACCCAACUGGAUAACUGCACAUGCUAUUGCAUCAGAAUUGAGCAUUGCCGAGGUAGAGAGGCUAUGGGUGAGGUUCCAACAGUUGGGGUGUAACCCGGACAGUGGAGAGCUCACAGAGGCUGCACUCAACAAGUCGGACUACAGUCAGGAUGUCUUCAUGAAAAAUAUUUUGAAAAAGUAUUUUGAAGGUGCUACUAAAAAGAUCACAUUCGAGAAUUUUCUGCGAGCUUUGAAAUGGACUGAGCAAGCAACUAUUGAUGAGAAAAUAAGAGCUAUUUACUAUUUCUUGGGCAAUGGGAACCCCAUCACUCCAGACUUGAUGUUGAAAAUCUGGGAGAGAGUGGAGCCAGAAAAACAAGCUGAGCAGAGAAAGAAAGUGGUGGAAAUUUUGUUUCAAGUCAUGGACACUGACGGCACACGUCAGGUAGACGAGGAGAAGUUCCUGGCGGGUGUGAAGCGUCUACCCGGAGACUACCUGGACUACUAUCUCAACUUUCAGAUCCUCCCAGAGGAAAUGAAGGAGCGCCUUCAUAAAAACCUGCAAGAGUUUCGUUCAGACAGUCAGUUGGGCCCCGGUCCCCCCACUGCACGGCAGCCAUCUGUCAGACAGAAGCCCCGCUCUCGCCUACAUCGACAGGUUGUGCCUGAACAAGCAUGUCGGGAGGUAGCUGAGAAAAUAUUCAAGAAAGACUGGAUGAGAGUGGCCAAUAAGCUUGGUUUCUUCACACAGGAUGUUGAGGAGAUUAGAUCUGCAUAUCCUAAUAAUGUUCAACAUCAGGUGUUCCAGAUGCUGAGGCAGUGGCGGGAGAGGGAUGGAGACGAGGCCACCACGGAUGUCCUUGAGAGGGCUCUCGUGGACUGCAACAUGCAGGACGCAGCCAUAGUCCUCACCAGCUACUAGGCAAUAAUGGGGCUUAAUGAAUGUGUGUUAAGUAUCGUCCAUGGUUAACCAGUGCAGUCUGCACAGAUUUAUCAUGGACGGCACUUUCCGCUUAAACUUUUUUUUGCAUAAAAGAGGACUUCCUAUAUACGAAAAAUACCCCGAUGUCCUGGACAGGGCGCUGUUGGACUGCAAGAUGAAAGACCCAGCCAUCCUCCUCAACAGCUGCUAGACGUGUAUAUACUGGUCUUAUAUAGAGGGUCACUCUGCGAAAACUGGUGUUAAUGCAUGUGGGUAAAGGGUCGUCCCAAAUCAGGCACAACAUUUCCGCCUAAACUGGAUUUUCAUUUAAACAAAAAUGUCCAUAAAAGUGGAAAGUUUCAUCCUUAGCAUGUGAUGACUGAUCAGGCUUAUGUGGGAAGAAACUUGACGCUCAUGCAACAAGCCCUGUUUUCCAAGAACAUGGCUUAAUUGAACUAUGAAGCUAUAAGCCCAACUUGAAGUGACACGCUACAUCCAUCUUCACCUGCUGCUAGUAUCCGUGUAUGGAGGGAUAUACAUGAGAGCUGCUAGCUGUGGCCAUCUUAUGGGACAUGCGCACAUGUCACCUGUCCUACAUGGAACAUAGUAUGGUAGCUACUACCGGUAGACCUGCAUUGCUGGACAUACUUUACAGUUGAUUGCAAAUUAACUGAGAAAUGUCUAUUGUUCAGAUGUGAAUAAUUUAAAUGAAAAUCUACAUACUAAAUUCAAUUUUUAUUUAUUUUAUAAUUUAACUAGAAAAUGAAUCAGACAGUGGAAAUGCUGAUGGAAAACUUACAGAGCUGGGUCUCUAGUGACUUUGUCUAUCAUGAUUGUAAUCUGCAGGCUGAUAUCUAUUUAAGAUGUUGGUAUCUAAAACAUUCUUAAUAAAGGUUAUUGCUUAGUC